CAUGCCCGGACAUGAACGCAGACAGACGGACAGCUCAGCAAAGAUAGUCUGCUACCACUAGGCGUCGGAAAUACAGUCACGCUUUGACUUGUCAUGCCCAAACCCGCCCAGGACAUGAUGAUCACCUCGGUGGAUUCUAGCCCUGACAUGCCUCUCUGCGUCUAUUUAAACCAUAGACCGGCUCUCCACCGGCUCCCACUCAUCACCAACCCAGAGCUCAAGCACUUUAUGUAUAGAUAGCAGUGUAUAUGUUUUAGCUAGAAUACUCAAUUUACCUCUUUUUGCACAGAUAACUACCAAAAUGGCAACAGAGAGUUGUUUAAGCAGUUCUCAGAUCAGCAAGGUUGACAACGAGAAACUGGUAAGACCAAAGGUGCAAUUAAAAAGCCUGUUAGAGGAUGCAGGUGCAGAUAAAGAUGUUUUCACCAUGAAGGAGGUUAUGUUUUAUUUAGGGAAAUAUAUCAUGAGCAAGGAGUUAUAUGACAAGCAGCAGCAACACAUUGUUCACUGUGGAGAGGAUCCUCUUGGUGCUGUUCUUGGAGUGAAAAGUUUUUCAGUUAAAGAGCCACGGGCCCUCUUUGCAUUGAUCAACAGAAACCUUGUGACAGUGAAAAAUCCAGAAUCACAGUCUACCUUCUCUGAACCCAGGAGUCAAAGUGAACCAGAUCGAGGACCCGGGGAUACAGAUUCAGACUCUCGCUCAUCUACCUCACAACAGCAGCGCAGGAGGAGGAGAAGCAGUGAUCCUGAGAGUUCUUCAGUUGAAGAUGAGUCUAGAGAACGCAGGAAGAGGCACAAGUCGGACAGCUUCUCUCUGACAUUUGAUGACAGCCUGUCUUGGUGUGUGAUUGGUGGCCUGCACCGGGAGAGGGGGAACAGCGAGUCUUCGGAUGCAAACAGCAACUCGGAUGUAGGUAUAUCUCGCAGUGAGGACAGUGAAGAGAGCGAGGACUCAGACUCUGAUUCUGAUAACUUUAGUGUGGAGUUUGAGGUGGAGUCCGUCAACUCUGAUGCUUAUAGUGAAAAUGAUGUGGAUUCUGUCCCGGGAGAAAAUGAGAUAUAUGAAGUCACAAUCUUCGCUGAGGAUGAAGACUCUUUUGAUGAGGAUACUGAGAUAACCGAAGCAGGAUUCACAGGGACCAAACUAACUAUUAAUGAGGACUACUGGAAGUGUCCCAAAUGUGACCAGUUCAACCCUCCUCUUCCUCGACACUGUAAAAGCUGCUGGACCGUCCGAGCCGAUUGGCUUCCAGAAACACACUCCAACUGGGAAAACCUCUCAAGAAACACUCGAGCUAACCCCGAAGACACCACCGUCACCACAACUCCCAACACAACCUUUGAAAAGAAACUCUCCAAACCCUCAAGCCCUCUUCCAGAAACAGAUGAUGGAGUGGACGUACCCGACGGCAAGUGCUUUCCAUCUCCCGCCACAACCAAAGAUGAGCUUCUCUCCUCCGCCACCACUACUGACUCUCAAACCACAUUAUCACAGCCCUCCACUUCCUCCGGCGGGGGCAGCAGUCAGGAAGAGACCCCCGAGCUGGAGCGCUUCAACAGUCUGGAGGCCUGCCUUCCUGCUACUUGCCUGGAACCCUGCGUCAUCUGUCAGAGUCGCCCCAAGAACGGCUGCAUUGUUCACGGAAGGACUGGGCACCUUAUGGCGUGCUACACAUGUGCCAAAAAAUUAAAAAACCGGAACAAGUUGUGUCCAGUGUGCCGAGAGCCCAUUCAGUCAGUGGUGUUGACUUACAUGAGCUGAGGCACUGAAAUAUACCUCCUCCUGUCCUUAAAUGAAGUUUGGGAGUAGCCUUGUUAUUGUAUUAGAUAUAAACGUUUGCAUUUAAAUUGAAUAUUUGUAAUGAUUCAAUAUUUUUUUCCUAUUGAAUACUUAAUUUUAUUUAUGACUCGUCGAUUUCACUCACGUUUUGUAACAAAUUCAAACACUUAUGUUUUAAGGAUUGAGUUAGAAUGAAAACACAUACUUGUGAGAUGCAUUAAAUCGUCUAUUAGAAAUGUUUGUAAUUUAAUUUAUAAACAUGCAGAUGUAUAGGUUUUUGAAUUCUUUGCUGCACUGAAAACAAUUCCGGAGCUCGUUUAAAAAUGUUCUUAUGAUAUUCCUGCUGCAAAGACUGUCUUAUUUUCUUUCAGAAAGGCAUAAUAAAUGAUUAUUUUGAGGUUCUUCUGCUUUUACAGAUGAGAUAAAAUCUGCUUUUCUGUCCUCUGCUUUGAAUGAUUUUCUGGUGGCUCGUAAGAAGGUUAGAUGGCUGGUGGCAGUAGCGUGAGUUGUUUUUGUUGGGGGAAAUGCACUGCGGUCACCCAGAGAGAGCUUUAGUUACUAGGGACCCUUUUUUCACUCUAAUAUCAAGAAACAUGUUCUGACUUGUUUCUCUCUAAUGGCAACCUGGUACAAACACUGGCCUCUUCAAAAAUCUUUUUCACAAAAGGUGUUUUUUUUCACAGUUGAAAUCGUUAGCAUCUAUGGCAGUUGUGUUAUGCAAUAAUUAUUACACCACCUAUUUAACUGCUGAUUUAAAAUGAGCAAACAAGCAAAAAAACACUUAUUGGAUGCUUUGAUUUUUAUUUAUUUUUUAAAAUAAAGUUGUUGUUUUUUAUAAAGAAACUGGUUUUGCAGUGUUUGUAGCAGCAUGGCAAAUGAAACAGAGUUUAUAAGUUUAUAACUUUUUAUUUGUCAGAUGUUGCACAAAUGAAGUACGAUUAGAACAUAAUUGCUGGAACCAGAUGUUUUGAUACACGAGGUAUGUAUGCACUUUCCUGCACUUACAUAUACAUAUUUGCACAAUAUGACAGACUGCAAAAGAAUGAACACUUUGUAAACAAAAUCACUGAUGUUUUUAAAAGAAUAAAAUACAUUCAAGCUUCGGAAAAUGGCAUCAAUAGCACAAGUUUGAUCUCUUAACUGCUAUUUAUAUGACUACAUACCUCUACUUUUAAUUUGUGAUGGCAUGUCCUAUAGCCAUGUAUUUUUAUGUAUAUCUUUUUUUGUCUCAGAUGUUAUCCAAGUAUUUAAAGACUAUCAAAUAAACACAUUUGUUGACUA